CAUCGGCUCACGUUAUUUCUGCAACCGUUUCCAAAGGUCCCAUCCCCUUGUCUUUACAUGUGUUUACGGGAUCAGACCACCUACAGUGACUCUGUACUACUCACAUUGGCUCCUGAGGACACUAGGCCUACUACUAUACGUCUAUCUUUGUAGUUGACCGCAAUGAGACCAACACACAGAUGGGAGGUUACAUCUUGCAAAAUCUUGGUGGCUUCAUGCUCUACGUUUAUUGGAGAAAGCCCUGCAUCCUUAACCCUGUCCCCAGACAAUUUGUCACCUUACCCUUCAGAAAAUCCAACCACAUGGUCGUCCCUCCAGGAGGAGAAAAAAAUCGCUGCUCUAACUCCAACGGACUUUUGUCCUUGCCUUCCAAAGGAGGAAUCUCUAUCGGUGGGGUUAUAUAUUACUUGGCUUUGGUGGAUAGGGAUCGAUUUGUUGUUGUUAGUUUUGACAUUAGAUCCAAAGUGUUCAACAUGAUCCAUGUACCCAAUCUGCUUGAAGAUGCCCCGGAAGAUACCCCAGAUCUGACUCUUUUGGAGCAUGGUGGAAAAGCAACUCUAUGUGACCCAACCAAUCUUAGAGACAAGGGUGUCUUGGCUUUAUGGAAUCCGGAAGAUGUUGGGAGCAAGAAAAGGUCGUGCAAGAGUUUGGUUUUGCAGCCUUCUCAGCUGCCUUUAGUCGACAUCAUUACAUUCAGGGUAAAAGGUACAACUCAAACCGGCAAUGUCUCCUGA